AUGAAUAAUUUAUCAAAACGCUCUUGAGUAGAUUAAAGUAUAAAAAUAAGAAAAAAGAAAAUAGAUAAUUAAGAGAUAAAUAAAUCAAGAAAAAAAUGUUCAUAUCGAUAAAGAAGAAAACUGAAUUUUCAAUGCCGCUUCUGCUGCUAUCUAUGCGGAGGCUUAGUAAUUAAAAGACAGUUUUUAUUUUAAUGAUCUUGAUUGUUUGAUAAAGAAGUUAAUUAAUCGAUUUAAUGCUAGGAUAAAUGAAUUUUGGCUCAUAAUGAUUUAAAUAAGGACAAUUCUGGUUAAACCAAGAGAAAGCAAAUUGUACUGCCAUUUAACGAGUUAUAGAGAUCAUCGAUCGAGGACCAACGAUCGUAGAAUCAUUGAUGUGUAAAGAAAGAAUAAAUAAAUGAUAUGUGUAGACUGACAUUCUUAUUUUAUUUCCGUAAGUGUUUAAAAUCUAUGCAACAUAACCUAAAAAACGUAUCUUAUUUGUAAAUUAAUUCAAAUUAAUUAUUUAAAUUAUCUAUUUUACUUGUUUUUUUUCCCUUAUUUGUGAAUAAUUAGACCAUAUUAUUAGAAAAUUUUAUUGUAUAAUCCUUUUUAAAAGAAGAUUUGGAAAUUAUGGAUUGAAUUAAUAAAAAUCGACUAAACUACAAAAUUCAACGUAGCACCGAAGCCCAUAUGACGAAUCGAAUCGUGAAGGUUUCCAUGACAACGAAUGUUUUCCUUUUAAUAACUGUUAUGGCGGACGUUGAGGGUAAGUUUCUAUACGUCACAUUGCUUAUAAGCAUAAUCGAAGUUUGGUGGAUAGUGUGUGUCUAGUGAUAUAUAUAAGGUUCGUUCCAUAUUUUUUAAAUCAUAAUCAUUACCAUUUUUCUUUUCUAAUUUCCAAAUAAGAUCGUGUGCAUUAGGUGAACGGUAAAUUUUAUGAGAAUCAUUAUUAUUUUUUUAAUUUUUUUUUUCUUUCUUUCUUUUUUCAAGGAAGGUUUUGUUCUCACAAUGUUAACUUAUUGUCAAAGCUAUACAAUGCUUUGGCGUUGUUAAAAUGUCAUAACACUAUAAAAGGAAACUUGUAAGAUCUCGUAGGCGAAACUAAUAUCGCGGGGGCGACAUGACGUCUUGUUUUUAUCUUCAUCGUUUCUUUCCCAGAAGAAUUAGCUUAGUCGCAGGUAAUCUAGCUUCUUCUAUUUAUUAUAUUUUCUCAUAGUCUGAGAGAACAAUUCGAGUAUUUUUCGUGUGACCUUGAGAAGAACGAUAAAUCGAAAAAGGAGAACAGAAUCGUUUGAUGUUCGAAGAAGGGAUACAGUGUAUUAUUUUAAAAUUAUUUUUCGUAUGUGAAUUAUGAAUCAAUGAAAUAGCGAUGACUAUGAGAAAAAUUCCUGAAAAAUUCUGAUCUCAUUGAAUGAACCGAUUCGAGAGCAUCACUUUGAAGAAAGAAUAUUUGAAUAAAUGGAGGGAGAUGCGGCUGAAGUAUUAUUGCCCUGUGCAAUUUGUACACGGACAUUCAUGCCACGAUCUUUAGAAAAACAUGCAAAGAUAUGUGAACGAGCUGCGGCAAAAAAACGAAAGCCAUUCGAUUCGGCUAAACAGAGAAUUCAGGGUACUGAUCUCGCGGAAUUUCUUCCGCGACAGGAAAAGAAAAGAUAUUCGAAUGAUGAGAGAUAUAAAUCUUCAUGGAAAGAGACGCAUGAUGACUUUUUACGAACAAUUAGGGCUGCUCGAAGUGAAACGGCAAGUAUGAUAAUCAAUCAAAGGCAAUCGAGUUCCCACGCGUCUUCAGGUGCACCGAUGAGAGCAAAUGAAAAGGGUACGUGUCCAACGUGUAAUCGUCAAUUUGGCGUAAAGGCAUACGAUCGACACGUAGCCUGGUGUAAGGAAAGAUCAACGAGAUUACCAAUAAGUCCAGCUACGAAGAACAUCGCUAAGGAACGUUUGGAAGCGCGUAUGAAGUAUCGUGCGCCGACUUUGAAAAAUCGUCGAAAGAAUAAUCGUGAUAAAUAUUCUCAGAGUUGUACAGCCAAUAAAACACCUAACAGAGUGAGAGAAACAGUUUCUGUACCUGAUAAUACUCGUGAGAAGAUCAAGGAGAAUAUUACUAAUUCGCAAAAAACAAUCGUAACUGGCCGAGGGGAUCAAUCAAAUAAUGGAGAAACAUAUAAUUUAGGUGAAUCUAGAGAAGCAACAAAACGUUCUAUAGUUAGGACUUCGAAUUCAUCUAAUCGUCCUCUAUGGAGUAAUUACAUGCGCAGACGACCGGAUUUUAAUCUCGUGCUUAGGUGUAGAAUUGGUGCCUGCAAGGAAUACGACCCUUUUCUAAUAGCAGAACGACAAAUGCAAGAUUUGUUAUCGGAUUCGAGUGAUUUAUCCUUAACAGAAAUUCCAUCGUCGUCGUCAACAAAAUCUCUCCUUCCUCUUUCACAUUCUUCCGCUUUCAUUAAAUACCCAUACCAAACUAAAACAAAUCUUUUAGAAAAAUCCAUUACCAACGAAUUCGAUGAACUCACAUCAGAUUUUUCGAGCGACUCCACAGAAACAAAUUCACUAUCGCGUGAAAUAUUUCUUAAAGAUUUUCAUGAUUCAAAGAAAAACGAUCGGACAAAAAAGAUUUCUAAUAGAGAACUCGGUCGUAGAAUGAUCAUUGACAGAUCAUUAGCUUUGGGCAAAGAAAUUGAUCAAGAUAAAUCUAAUAGUAUCGAUAAGCAAUAUAAAAAUGAUAUUUUUAAUAAAGGAAUCUCUAAAUCUAUGCCUAAUAGAUCACAAACGAUUCGUGCUUUUUCAGCACCUAAAUCUAUUUAUCAAAGAAAAAAUAAAACUGUUAACACUAAAGAUAAUAAUAAUCAAGAAGCGAAAUAUAAUGAUAAUAACGUUCGAAACGAUUAUUUAACAUUUUCAAAUAGCGAUCUUAGCCUUAGCUCGAUCGUUUCUUCUGAGAUUGAUCUAAAACGUUCUAAUUCUGUAUUCGAUCAAUUAAUAACUUCUUUCGAAGAUGAUAUCGUUGGUAAUGAUUCUUUUCCAUCCUUGAGGUCUCUCCUAAGAAACGAAUCCUUGAGAGCUUCAUCCAAUGGUCCACCUCCUCCUGAUAAUAACAGGCAAUUUGAUGGACAUAUCAGUGACGAGGAAUUUUCUUCAGCGGAAAAUUACAAACAACAGGAACAUAAAAUUAAUGCUGAUUCUGCAUACAGCAGCAGCAACAACGACACGACAAAUCGUAUGGAGGAUAACAUGUCCAGGAGUAAUCGUCGAGAAAGUCAACCACCGGUUUCAAAGGCGAAAUGUAGGAUGUCAAGAUUUUGUCACGAGUGUGGAUCUAGAUUUCCUGAGACUGCCAAGUUUUGUUGCCAAUGUGGUGUCAAGAGGCUUGCACUUUGAUUUAUUUAUUUAUUUAUUUUUUUUUUUUUUUCUUUUUUACAUUCAGUGUUGGAAAAGAAGAUUUUUUUUCUUUUCCUUAGAGUCGAUGAUGAAUCGUUAAUUACGAAUAUUACAAACAAAUGCAAUAAUUAAUUAAACUUCUUGUCAAAACGAUACUUGUAAUAUACAUAUGUAACUUAUAUAUUCAAGUGUCCUUUAUUAUUAUCUCAGGAAGUAUUGCAUUUUAAUUUUGGAUUUUAAUUCAGAUUUAAAUAAGUUUAUAGAAGAAGGAGGAACAUACGCGUGUCCCCUUAUAAUUUUAUUAUAAAAUAAUAUAAAAUAAGCAGUCUGUAUGUCGGAGUACUAUGCCAAUUUCGAUCUGUAUUAAUUAUUUGUAAGUUAAAAUUGUAUUUUUACAAAUGCAAUAAAAUUAUGCUUGAUUA